UCGACAUAUUUUGUGACGUAUACGUCAGACAAUAGGAUACAAAAUAAAAUAUUUUCCUUCGUAAAAUAAAAUACCAACAAAUACGAUCUACUUAUCAUACUUAAGCAUUGUUGAAAUAACUUCAUGUACAUUUUCAAGAAAGUUAUUAAGUAGCAGGGCUGGAGAGGCGACCGCUCGUUCAGAAUGUUUAUCAAAUCGCUCUUGUUUCUCUUUGUUGGAGCGGCUCUUGGUUACGUAGAUAAACAGAGUCCACCACAAUGGAGUGAUGUUUACACAGUGAAGGGUCUUCUGGUCAUUCCUUAUGCUGAACUGCAUGAACCAUUCUAUGCUUGGUUUGACGGUAAAAAUGGGAAAUCCCGCAUCGACUACUAUGGUGCUAUGGUUAAAACGUACCAGUUGUCAUCCUCUGUCUACCCCAAAUAUGGUACAUCUAUUAAGGUGGCCCCAGUGACUACAGAGAAAGAAUUAAAUAAAGACACAUGUCUUCAAGUGAAUGGUACAGAAGACCAAAGCGUCAGCAUCCAGUCUGUUCUGCCUGAUAUGACUGAUUUUAAGUUUGUCGGUACAGAAACGAUGCAAGACGCGGAUACAUCGAAAUGGCGUAUGGUACAAACGAUAGGCGAUAAAGUGAACAAAUACACGAUGUGGGUGAAAUAUAAGAAGAGUCUGCGAGGAGACGCCGUGCCUAUUCCAGUCAGAUACGAAAUGAAAGGCUUCAAUUCCCUUCUGGGGUCUCAUUACGACCACUAUUACUUGGACUACAGGGACUAUAAUGUUGAGGAUAUCGAUCCCUCUGUGUUUGAUGUCAGUCAUAAUAUGCAAUGUACCUCGUUCCCUGGUCCCGGGGCUCGUCAUUACGCAACAUUCAACCCGAUGAAGGAGUUCGUGCAUCCCGUACACGACGCACACGUUGACAGCGAGUUUGACAGGUUCAAGAUGAAACACAACAAGAAGUACGCCAGCGAGAUAGAGCACGCGAAACGACUGAACAUCUUCAGACAGAAUCUUAGAUAUAUCCACUCCAACAACCGAGCUCGUCGUGGUUACACCCUGGCUGUGAACCACCUCGCGGACUGGGCUGAGGAUGAGCUGGCAGCGCUCCGGGGCAGGAGGUACAGCGGACCCAGCCCACUGGGUCUGGAGUUCCCGUAUGGAGAGAGCGAGCUGCAGGAGAUGAAUGUGAAGUUACCUCCGGAGUUCGACUGGAGGCUGUUCGGAGCUGUUACUCCUGUUAAAGAUCAGUCAGUAUGCGGUUCCUGCUGGUCGUUCGGUACUGUGGGCGCGGUGGAGGGCGCUCUGUUCCUGCACAACGGCGGGCACCUCGUCAGACUCUCGCAGCAGACCCUCAUUGACUGCUCCUGGGGUUUUGGAAAUAAUGGCUGCGACGGUGGUGAGGACUUCCGCGCCUACCAGUGGAUCAUGAAACACGGCUUACCCACUGAGGAGGACUACGGAGACUACUUAGGGCAGGAUGGAUAUUGUCAUGUAGAUAAUGUGACUCUAGUUACGUCAAUGAAAGGAUGGGUUAAUGUAACAACGAAUAAUGAAAAUGCACUACGUUUGGCGAUAUUCAAACAUGGUCCAGUAUCGGUGGCGAUUGACGCAUCCCACAAGACCUUUAGUUUCUACUCGCAUGGAGUUUAUUACGAGCCUAAAUGUAAAAAUAAAAUAGAUGAAUUAGACCACGCGGUCCUGGCGGUGGGCUAUGGUAUUUUAAAUGGUCAAAAAUACUGGUUAGUGAAGAAUUCGUGGUCCAAUUUGUGGGGAAAUGAUGGUUAUGUGUUAAUGUCGUCUAAAGAUAAUAAUUGUGGUGUGGAAACUGCACCUACUUAUGUACUCAUUUGAAUAAUUAUAUUGUCUAAAUUACUAUAUAAAAUGUUAUACAAUCAGUUCUGACAGUUAAAAAAUCGUUUUUUUUUUAAUUCUCGGUAUUAUAAUUACUACUAAUUUAUAUGGAUUAUGAAAAUUAUUAUCUUUGUUUUAAAACAUUAAAGGAAAAUUUCUUUAAACAAAUUUAAAAAUUAAAUGCUUGUAAAAAUGUGCUUUUUGAAUACUGUCAUUUUUUUUAACAAAUAUGAAUGAUUAUUAUUUGAAAUGUUAAAACUAUUAAAGUUUUUCAUUGUCGAUUAGUUAAAGAUUGUCUGAAUUGAGCGUAUUUUAGUAGUUUUUAAAUUAGAUGUUAAAUUGUGAAUUUUUUUCUUAGAUUAACAACGAGCACGAAAUGUACUGUUAAAUCUAAUACUUUGUCAACGUUACGAAUACUUUCUCGUUAAUUUUCAUGUUAAACUUUCUAGAUUUUUGUAAUUCGUUUUUACUACUAAGUGAACGAUUAUUUUACAGUGCCAUCUAUUGUAGCAUUUUAGAACUAAUACUUUGACUUGUUUAGUUUUAGAUAUGCCACAAUAGAUGGCGCUGUAAUAAAUCCAAGAUUUUGAAACUGGAAAAAUAGCUUGGAAAUUAGCAAAAAAACUCAUAAACUACAAUGUAUUAGGUUUUAAAAGUAAAUUAAUUAUUGCAAUUACAUCUUAAGAAUCAAAGAUCUUAUAUAACUUAAUAAAUAAGCUAUUAUUUUCAUCCAUGACAAAUAUUUUAACUUUUCAAUAAAGAUCUGUUGUAAGCGAAUAUUAGUUUUUAGGAAGUAAAUGUGUUUUUAUACCGUUAAACACUGGCUGUGUAGCAAAUAAAGUGCAAAACGUAA